AUGUCGGAAACGGUAGACGUCGUCAUCGACUCCCUCAUCAACGCCGGCGUCACGCACAUCUUCGGCGUGCCGGGCGCCAAGAUCGACUCCGUCUUCAACGCCCUCAUCGACCGGCCCGAGAUCAAGCUCGUCGUCUGCCGCCAUGAGCAGAACGCCGCCUUCAUCGCCGGCGCCAUCGGCCGCAUCACGGGGCGUCCCGGCGUCUGCAUAGCCACGUCGGGCCCCGGCACGAGCAACCUCGCCACGGGCCUCGUGACGGCCAACGACGAGGGCGCCCCCGUCGUCGCCAUCGUCGGCGACGUCAAGCGCGUCCAGGCCGCCAAGAAGACGCACCAGAGCCUGCGCGGCGUGCAGCUGCUCGGGCCCGUCACCAAGAAGGCCACCGGCGCCGUCCACCCGGACCAGGUCGCCGAGAUCAUGCUCGACGCCUUCCGCACCGCCACCGCCUACCCGCAGGGCGCCACCGCCGUCAGCCUGCCCAUCGACAUCAUGACGCUCGGCUCCAAGACGUCCAUCCCGGCGCUGCCGGCCGCCGCCUUCACGCCGCCCGAGUACGGCACGUCGCCGUCGGCGUCCCUGAGCCGGGCCGCGUCCAUGAUCCAGGACGCCAAGUUCCCCGUGCUGUUCCUCGGCGCGAGGGCCGCCACGCCCGAGGCCGUCGAGGCCGUCCACCGGUUCCUCCGGAAGCACCCGAUCCCCGUCGUCGAGACCUUCCAGGCGGCCGGCUCCAUCAGCCGCGAGCUCGCCCACCUCUUCUACGGCCGCAUCGGCCUCUUCCGCAACCAGCCGGGCGACAAGCUCCUCGCCCAGGCCGACCUCGUCGUCGUCGCCGGCUACGACCAGUCCGAGUACGACGCCGACGCGUGGCACAAGAGCCCGAGCCUCGAGAUCCUCCACCUCGACUGGGUCCCCGCCGACUACGGCGCCUUCUACAACCCCAAGCUCGAGCUCGUCGGGUCCAUUGCCGCCAACGUCAAGGCCCUCGGCGACAUCCUCGCGACUGUCUCGCGGCCGCAGGAGUCCGAGGCGGCCAGGGCCAUCUUUGCCGAGUUCCACGCCUGGGAGCAGAGCCCGGAAGCCCUGGGUCGGACAGCAGAAAGUGGCGGCGACGGGCCCGUCCACCCGCUCCACUUCAUCAAGCUGAUGCAGGGCCUGCUGCCGCCGUCGCCGACCGUCGCGUCGGACGUCGGCAGCAUGUACAUCUGGCUCUCGCGCUUCUACUUCGCCUACAGCCCCAAGUCGUUCCUCGUGUCCAACGUGCAGCAGACGCUCGGCGUCGCGCUGCCGUGGGCCAUCGGCGCGUCGCUCGCGCAGCGGCCGCCGUGCUCGCAAAAGGUCGUCAGCGUCAGCGGCGACGGCGGCUUCCUGUACAGCGGCCAGGAGCUGGUGACGGCGGUGCAGCAGGGGUGCAACAUCACGCACUUCAUCUGGAACGACGGCAAGUACAACAUGGUCGAGUUCCAGGAGGUCGACAAGUACGGCCGCAGCUCCGGCGUCGACCUGGGCGGCGUCGACUUUGUCAAGUACGCCGAGGCUUUUGGGGCCAAGGGGUUGCGCGUGAGCCGCUCGUCCGAGCUCGAGGCCGUCAUGAAGGAGGCCUUGAGCCACGAGGGCGUGUGCGUGGUCGAUGUCGACAUCGACUACUCGCACAACUACGAGCUCAUGAAGAACGUUAUCCAAGACAGCAUUAGCUGA